AAAAGUGACAAUCAUCAUUUAUCAAUCUAUCAAAGAUAAUCAAAUAAAAACCAUUCUUUGGAAAAAUAAAGGAAAUUAAAGGAAAAGUGGUUGGCCUUGUGACCAUAUUGACCUUAGCUAUAUUAGUAUUAAAAUAGAAUAGCCUACUGUGAUGGAUGCUUCUUAUUCCCUUCACUGCCCCCAUACCAACAAGCACUUUCUCUGCUCACAUUGACUCAUAUACACUACAAAUGCAGCAACUCUUCACCAUGCCCUUAGACUAACAAGUUCUCUUCAUCUCUGAUUCUUUGGAGCCAUUUUUACUUCAAUUAUCUUCCCUAACCAUGCAAAAUUGUUGUGUUCUUGAAGUAGACGUUAACGGCGAAGAAACAUUCUUGGUGGACAAGAAUGUUCUUGCCUCUUUCUCAGGAAAGUUGAGUAAACUAUUCAGUAAAGUGAGAGGGGAAACAAGGAGGAUGAAGGUGGUGUUCAAUGAUUUUCCUGGUGGGGCAGAGGGGUUUGAACUUAUUGCCAAGUUUUGCUACAAUGGAGGCAGUGUUGAAUUAGCUCCUCCCAGCUUGUUUCUACUGCAUUCUGCUGCAAAUUAUAUGGAAAUAAGUGAGCAAACAAAGGGGUUUUUUAGGAGCAUUCAAAGUCUGAACUGGUGUGAGCUAGUAUCUGGCUUGAAGAAAUGCCAAGAAUUGCCCUCUUUCUUGAUCUCUCCAUCUGUGCUUCAGCAGUUCCUGGAUUGCCUUGUGUGCAGGCUUUCGAUACCUUGCGUUUCUAGCCCUCGCACGCCAUGUUCGGACAAUUCGAGCAUACUGUUUUCUGGAGACAUCAGUAUAGACAGCUCAAGAAGCUGUGCCUCUCAGACAAAAUGGUGGUUUCAAGACCUUAAAUUUCUCAACAUUGACAUGUUGGAAAAGGUUGUCAGAACCAUGGUUUCACACAAGUUGGAUCAAACGAUGGUGUCCUCGUUCCUCUCCUAUUACAAGAACAUGAAUUUCCUCUUGGCUACAUCAGUUCAGAAGAAUAGAAUCAUUGAGACCAUUAUCGACUUGCUUUCUCUGCUUGACACAAGCUUUGUUUCUGUCAGAGGACUAUUUGACAUCCUUCAAGCGUCGCGUUCUUUAAAGUGCUGCACUGAGAAAUUGGAAGUUUUGAUCGGUUCCCAGCUCGACCGAGCUACCAUAGAUGAUCUGCUCAUCCCUUCUCCCCCCGGGAAAAGAUAUGCAUACGAUGUUAGUCUAAUCCUUAAGCUUCUGAAAACAUUCCUGCGCGAAAACAGCAGGUAUUUUUUCAGUUACAGUUUGAAGAAAGUUGGCACCUUGAUUGAUCUCUACAUCAUGGAAGUGGCUCCUGAUCAGUUUCUUCAACCUUCAAAGUUUAUGGCUUUAGCUACUGCACUCCCAGACACUGCAAGAGACUCAUAUGAAAUCCUCUAUGAAGCCAUUGAUGUCUAUUUCAAGGUCCAUAAAGGUUUAAGUGCAAAAGAAAAGAUAAAAAUCAGCUGUGCACUGAACUAUGACAAGCUCUCAGACCAAACUCUGAUGGAUCUAAGCCACAAUGAAAAUUUCCCAGUUUGUGCAUCAGUUACUGCUCUGGUCACCAACCAAUCCAAGCUCAGAAUCAAGCAUAAUGCCAUAAAACAUCUCAGCAAUCUUACUGAUGGAUCGUCGAGGCGCGGGGGCAAGGGAGUUAGCACUAGACAGUAUGGUUGUGACAGUCAUCAUGCCCCAGAAAUCAAGAAACUUGAUGAUUUGCACAGAAAAGGGAAGAAGCUUAGCAGACCAAAUGUGCAGAAUAGAAGGAAAUUGCAGAUCAAUGUGUCAAACAACUUUGCAUCCAUGCACAGACUCUGUGCUUAGUUUAGAUCACUACUGUCUUUCCAUUCCAUUUCUCAAAGAAAUGUACAGUUUUAGAUGUAAAAAUCCAGUCUUUUUUGAGUGUAAAUUAUGGGUUCUUGCCAUUGUUUCUAACACUGCAA